CGCGCGCCUGGCGCCGAGGCGACGCGUUCAUGGAGGGGGUGAAGGCGGAAGCGCGGGAGGGGGCCGCGGUGGCCCGGGACCUGCGGGCUCUAGGGUAUGGGGGUGUCCCGGGGCUGGCGUCGCGGGGCGCCUCAUGCCCAGACUUCAGGGCGCUGUGCGCGCAGCUGGCGGCGGAGCUGGCGACGCUGGGCGCCCUGGAGCAGCAGCGAGAGGCGGGCGCCGAGGUGCUGAGCGCCGGCGACGGUAUGCACGGAGCGGGAGGGUGGCAGGGGCCCGCUGCGGGGCCACCGCGCCGUGACACCCCUGUCCCCGCAGGCCCCGGCGCGGAGGAGGACUUUCUGCGGCAGCUUGGCCGCCUAUUGCGGGAGCUGCACUGUCCGGAUCGCGCGCUCUGUGGUGGGGAUGGGGCGGCUGAGCUUCGGGAACCCGGCUCCAGCCUGCGCCUGCUGCGCUUUCUCUGCUCAGAGCUCCAAGCCACCCACCUCCUGCACCUGCGCUCUCUGCUGGAUCCCAGUCCCGGGCCACCCCUUGGUGAAGGGGUGGAGGGAACUGGCAUGGUCCAGGAACUGGCCCUUACCCUCCAAGCCCUGGGACUGCCCAGACCUGCACCAGGGACCCCCGCCAGCCAGCUGCUGCAGGAGUUGCAUGCUAAGAUCUCAGAGCUGCAGCCUUCUCUGCCCCCCGGGUCCCUGCAGCCCCUCCUCAGCUCCUCGCUAGAUGCACCCAGAUGGGAAGCGCUGGAGUCUCUGUCCCAGAGCCUGAAAGAUCAGUACCAGUGCUGCCGCUGUCUCCUCCUCAAGCGCCUUGACCUCACCACAUCUGCUUUCCACUGGAGUGACCGGGCAGAGGCUCAAGGAGCGGCCAUGAGGGCAGUGCUGAUCCCACUUCGAGAGUUUCUCACCCCAGAAUCGGACAUCUCCCUCGCACAUGUCCUGGCUGCCCGAGCCGAUCUGUCUCGUCUCGUCCCAGCCACCAGCGUGGCUGUCCGCAGAGGGACCUGCUGUGCCAUCAACAAGGUGCUUAUGGGCAAUGUUCCAGACCGGGGGGGCCGCCCAAAUGAGCUGGAGGCUCCCAUGCCCACCUGGAGGAGCCGAACAGAGGGUGGAGGCGGACGGAAGACAGGCCCCCAGUGCUGGGGCCGCAAGAAGAAGAAGAAGAAGUAAAGGGGGACUGGUGGGCAGGGGCGGGGGUCCUCCAUGAGAUGCCAGUGCCGUUGGUCAUCUGGGGAGUCAGUUUAAGUCUUUCCUUGGUAUAUGGUCCAUCAUCUCCUAUUCCUGAGGCCCCAAAUGCCCUACUCCCAUGUACCCGUUAAUACCAAGAGCCAUGUUCUCUGGAGAAUAAAUUUAAUUUAUG